GCGGUUGCAGCGCAAGGGUGGACUACAACGACCGGCGUGCCUAGCGACAGUUCCCGGCGGUCCCCGCGGUAAAUCCAGUCACGUGGGAGAGCCGCGUGGUCAUGUGACAGAGCGGUCGUGAAGGGAAGGGGAGAGCGAGCCGGCUCAGGGGGUUUCCUGCAGAUGCUGAGUCUGAACAAAGUGAAGAGGAAGUCCGUAUUUUUCACUUCUCUGUGCAUGAUCAGAAGGUUUCGGGUCUGACGUCAUUUGCCUUGCAGGAUGGCUGACUAAGUGCUCAGGCGGUGGUUCCUUUUCCAGUUGACUGUCCACGUGGAGAUGGCGUUCUGUGAAGCCACGGUGAACAGUGAACAGCAGGACUGGAGCUGGAGCCCAGAGGCUGAGGAGAAGACCAGUCUCCUGCAGAACCCAGCGAGCCACAAUAGGAAACGGGAAGGAGGCACGCCGGCGUACGGGGCUGUGUUCAUCGUGGUGAACGCUGCCCUGGGUGCAGGGCUGCUCAACUUUCCCUAUGCCUUCUUUGUGGCCGGGGGAGUGGUGGCUGGCAUCGUCCUGCAACUGUGUUUAGUGUUAUUUAUAAUCGCCGGUUUGGUGAUUCUGGCCUACUGCUCACAGGUCAGCAGCAAGACCACUUACCAGGAGGUGGUGAGGGCAGCCUGCGGGCAGGUGAUUGGUACCAUCUGCGACAUCCUUAUCGCUGUUUACACCUUUGGCACCUGCAUCGCUUUCUUAAUCAUCAUUGGAGAUCAGCUGGACAAGAUUGUUGGGGCAUUGAUGCACACACCUGAGGGAGAUUCUUCAGUUAAUGGCCACUGGUACAAUGACCGAAAGUUCACCAUUUCAGUCACCUCUCUCCUGGUCAUCCUACCUCUCUCCAUCCCCAAAGAGAUCGGCUUCCAGAAAUAUGCCAGUACUCUGAGUGUGCUGGGGACUUGGUACGUGACCAUCAUAGUCAUUGUUAAGUACAUCCUGCCAGAUCAAGGUAUCCACACUGGGGACAUCCCAACCAGCCCUUCCUCCUGGAUGGCCGUGUUUAAUGCUAUUCCAACCAUCUGCUUCGGAUUUCAGUGCCAUGUGAGCAGUGUGCCAGUGUUCAGCAGCAUGGAGAGGCCAGGGCUACAGCGUUGGGGCUGGGUGGUGACAGCAGCUGUGGUGAUCUGUCUGUUUGUGUACACGGGCACAGGAGUCUGUGGUUUCCUGACGUUUGGCUCCAGUGUCAAUGUCGAUGUGCUAUUGUCCUACCCGUCGACUGAUAUCUCCGUCACCAUCGCCCGUGCUUCCAUCACUCUCUGUGUGGUCACAUCCUACCCCAUCCUACAUUUCUGCGGCAGGUCUGUGAUUGAAGGCCUUUGGGUCCGUUACAUGGGGGAAGACGUGGACCUGUCCCGGGAACGCCGCCGCCGGCUGCUGCAGACCCUUGUCUGGUUCUUCCUCACCCUGGUCCUGGCGCUGUUCAUCCCAGACAUUGGGAAAGUGAUCUCUGUGAUUGGGGGAUUGGCCGCCUGCUUCAUCCUCGUCUUCCCAGGACUCUGCCUGAUUGAAGCAAAGUUAGCAGAGAUUCAGCAUGUCGAUUCCAGCAGCUGGUGGGCCUCAGUGCUGUGCGGGAUCUUCAUGGUGUGCGCAGGAGCUUUCAUCUUUGGCCAGAGUACGGUGAACUCUAUCUACCAGGACCUCCGUAACUGAGCCCCAGUUCCCGCAGCCUCCUCUUCAUCCUCUUGCGAUGUUUUCCACACCAGGCUGGUGGCCAGCUGAUGCAGUCCGAAGCGCUUUGAACUGAAGCUCCAAUGAAAUGUUUACACGGACUCUGCUAAGGCCUGCCAGCCGGGACACAACUACAAUUCCCUCUGCUGUCGGAGGAUCAGAGUCCGCAAUAACCCUUGGUGCUCUGGCAUUUACUGUUCGGAGUGUCGCAAUCCUGGUGAUUCUGCCACUCUCUUGUUUGUCACUGAUUUUUUUUUUUGUCUAAACCUUGAGGACCUCUGCUUCACUGUGUCAUGGAGCUGAUGACCCUGCGCUGUCCUGGCUGUGAUCACAGGAGAGUUUGGGGCAUCCUUUGGAAAUAACUCCCCAGAAGGUCUGGUGCAGCGCAGCAACCCAGAUUCUCCUUUUUUUUUUGAAAGCUGCUCCCCUACUUGAUCAGAGAUUUGUGAGACUUUGGUGCAGGAACUAACCGGUGACCAUUCUCUUUCCAGAAAGUGGUUUGUUUGUUCUAUUUCUCCUGAGCCCUCCCAUUUGUCACGAGAUUUUUCUAUCCCAGCGGGCGAGACUCCCUACCAGAUUUCGGUUUCCAGCUCAGCACCAAGUGGAGAUGAGUGGGUUUCUGAAUGUUUCCUUUCUGCUUGUGGUUGAACUGAGCCCUUGGUGUCCAGCCUCCCGUUCCAAUGUGUGUGUUUAUGGUUGUAUAAAGUGAGAUGAUUGUUCAAAAUGUUUGCCAACAACUGCUCAUGGUGAGAUUUUUAACAUCCAUUCCUGAUUAAAUAUCGUGGUCAUUCUGUCA